AAAGCAGGUGUUCGCCAUAGUGGAGUUCGGCCUUGUUGGGUAGUUGCUCAGUGUUUCCUUGCUUGCGAAUUCGUGUUUUAUGGAGUUGUAAUGGCAAAAACUUUGAGGAACGUGUUGUUGUUUAUAGGUUUUGCUUUUGUGAUUCAUGGUGGAAUAUCUGCUGCGCAACAUAGAUCCUUUGUACGAUUGACACAACAGGAACUUCACUCACUUCCGAUUGAUAUCACUGUACAAACAAUAUUCGGUUUGUUUUUGGCAUCUUGGGGUGUUCUACUAGCUGCCGGUGAAUUUAAAAAUAUACAAGUUAACGCAGAAACAAAGAGCAAAUCAUUUGAAACAGUCGGAAAUAGACCAUCAUUUUACAUCUUUGAGCACAGAGGAAAAGUUUUGCACGGAGACGCAAAAGGACGAGAUUAAAAAUUUUAUUUGUAUUAUUGUGAAAAAAACUGCU